CACCACCAUGCACCAUAUCAACACCCUGAUCACAGCCAUACAUCAUACUAGCAUCCUGAUCACCAACAUACAUCAUACCAGCAUCCUGAUCACCGCCAUACCCCAUACCAGCAUCCUGAUCACCGCCAUACCCCAUACCAGCAUCCUGAUCACCAAGAUGCCCCAUAUCAGCACCCUGAUCACUGCCAUACACCAUACUAGAGCUCUGAUCACCGCCAUACACUAUACCAGCAACCUGAUCAUUGUCAUACCCUAUACCACUGUCCUGAUCACCACGUAAUCCAUACCAGCGUCCUGAUAAAAAACAUCACCAUACCAAUAUCCUGAUCACCGCCAUACCAGCGUCCCCCGAUCACUGCCAUACCCCAUUCCAGCUUCCUGAUCACUGCCAUACCCCAUACCAGCAUCCUGAUCACUGCCAUACUCCAUACCAGCAUCCUAAUUACCAUCAUACAUCAUACCAGCAUCCUGAUCACUGCUAUAAGUCAUACCAGCAUC